AUGACAUCUCUGACUAUGGUAUCCUGGAUCCGAAAAAGAGAUCUCCACAUCCUGACAGCGGGUAUAUUCACAUACACCUCCGAUCAGCGGUUUCAAGUGAUACGCCCGGAAAAGUCGGACAACUGGACAUUGCAAAUAAGGUUUCCCCAGCUGAGAGACUCCGGGGUAUACGAAUGUCAAGUGAAUACAGAGCCCAAAAUGUCGCUCCCGUUCCGCCUGAAUGUAGUGGAGGCGAGAGCUCGUAUUCUAGGACCAAGCGAUCUCCAUGUAAAGGCGGGGAGUUCUAUAACACUUACUUGCAUCAUCAAUCAAGGACCACAUGAUUUAGGAACAGUAUUUUGGUAUAAGGGCGACAAUAUAUUAGAAACAUCGGAGCCUCAUGUUAAUGAUGCGGAAUACAUGAAGAGACUCACGAUACAGAACCACUGGAUCGACGGGCUAACGUCUAGGCUCCACCUUACAGACGCGCAUCUCUCCGACUCGGGAAACUACUCCUGUGUACCCACGAUCGCCGGCGCUACAAGUGUUAAUGUACACGUUAUUAAUGGAGAGCAUCCAGCAGCCAUGCAACACGGCAACAAGAACGCCGCAUCUCUCUCCCUCCCCGGAGCCGCUGUAUAUACUUUAUUUGUCUUCAUAAUAAAACACAUCAGAUGAAACUUCUUGUAAAUAGGACUUUCAUUUACGAUCCUAAGGUACUUUCUAUGCUCCUCUUUCUAAGUACCGAACCACCACCGGUCCAUAUUCCAUUUCUGAUACUACUACUACCGACCCCUUAAUAUUCAUAAAACAUAUCUUUACGUUACAAACUAACAAGAAUGAAUCAAAU